AUGUCGGCCUCAGGAUCCGGAGUUCCCAAUGCUGCGUCGGGGUCGACCAGCACUGGAAAGAAGGCAUUUCCUUCUGUUGAUCUGGAAGGAAAUGACCUGCCACCUUCGCCAGCCCCAUCCAGCCCUCACCCUGGUCGCCGCUACAACAUUGCCACCGAAUUGGUCUUCACCGAGGGCAGUGACCAAUACAAUGCCAGCAGCGUGCCGAUCUACCAGAGUGCUACGUUCAAGCAAACCUCUGGCGGUGGUGGUGGAGAGUAUGACUACACACGGUCUGGUAACCCGACCCGCACACACCUCGAGCGACACUUGGCCAAGAUCAUGUCGGCACAGCGUGCCCUCGUGGUCUCCUCCGGCAUGGCUGCUUUGGACGUGAUUACCCGACUCCUCCGUCCUGGUGACGAGGUUGUCACUGGUGAUGAUCUCUACGGCGGUACCAACCGACUCCUCAAGUAUCUCUCCACCAACGGCGGCAUCAUCGUGCACCACGUCGACACCACAAAUGUUGAGAAGGUUCAGGCAGUGCUGAGCGAGAAGACCACCAUGGUCCUGCUCGAGACCCCUACCAACCCCCUUAUCAAGAUUGUUGACAUUGGCCGCAUUGCUACCGCUGCCCACGAAGCCAAUCCCAGCUGCAUUGUCUCAGUGGAUAACACCAUGAUGUCUCCACUCCUGCUUAACCCGCUAGACUUCGGUGCUGAUGUCGUUUACGAGAGUGGUACCAAGUACCUGUCGGGUCACCACGAUCUGAUGGCCGGUGUCAUUGCGGUCAAUGAUCUGGCCCUCGGAGAACGUCUUUACUUCCCUAUCAACGCCUCGGGAUGCGGUCUCUCGCCUUUCGACUCUUGGCUGUUGCUGCGGGGUGUGAAGACCCUCAAGGUCCGCAUGGACCAGCAACAGAGCAACGCUCAGCGCAUUGCCGAGUUCCUGGAGUCGAACGGCUUCAAGGUUCGCUACCCCGGUCUGCGGUCGCACCCGCAGUACGAACUUCACAACUCCAUGGCGCGGGGCGCUGGUGCUGUGCUCUCUUUCGAGACCGGUGACACUGUUGUCAGUGAGCGCAUUGUCGAGAGCGCUAAGAUUUGGGCGAUCAGUGUCAGCUUUGGCUGUGUCAACAGCUUGAUCAGUAUGCCCUGCCGUAUGAGCCAUGCCAGCAUUGACGCGAAGACGCGGGCGGAACGCGCCAUGCCAGAGGACUUGAUUCGUCUCUGUGUAGGAAUUGAGGAUGUGGACGACUUGAUUGACGACUUGCGCCGCGCGCUCGUGGAAGCUGGUGCUGUCAAUGUGACUAUGGAAGGAAUUGAGGCUCGCUAG